GUGCCCAAUCGUGCGGCUGGGACGAGCUGACGGUACGGGUACGGCAGACCCCUUCGUUCUGCCGCAUCCUUAGUGCUCGAGGCUUUGAUCGUCCGUCGCCGGGGAAAGGAAAGCUCCCUAGGGCACUGGAUCUGGAGCGCACAGCAGCGGCAUUGCCAGGGCCAGAUCGAUCUUGCUCGUCGCGGCGGCCAGGAGUUUGUAGCGCGCGGCCGAGGUUUGUAGGAGAGAGAGGGAUUUCCCGGCGGAGCUGCUAGCCCGCUGUGUUGGCGGGAUCUCUCCGGCUCCGGCAUGAGAGCGGCAUUCUAAGGCGCUAGAAUCUCAGCUAGGGCUUUGCGAGCGCGCGAUUCUCUUUGUCGGAAAUCCCCCGGUCUUUCUCGAGAAUCCUGCCAUGGCGACGACAACGGCCUCCCCAGAAGCGGCCAUAGCGGAGGCGUCGCUAGUGGCGGAUAGCGACAUUGUCCGAGAGAUUGGGCUGGUUCUCAACAGCGCCGACUUGUCCACCACGUCCAUGAGCGACAUAAGGGCGGUGCUGGAGAAGAACUUGGGGGUGGAGCUCGCCCACAAGAAGGAUUUCAUCCGGCAGCAAGUCGAUGAGUUCCUGGCACACAACACGAGCCUGGGAUCCUUGGUCAAGGGCGACGAGGAGGCGAAUGCCACUGCUCCGGCGCAGGAGGAGCAGCAGGGCACUGCCGAGGAUUCGCUUCCAAACGAUCAGGAGCUCGAGCAAUUCAGAGAGAACAUCGAGCUCGCGAUCGAAGACAGUACUCCCAAGGAGAAGAAGAAGCGGGGAGGACUUAACAAGCUCUGCCGUCUCUCGCCGGAGCUCCAGGCAAUUAUAGGAGAGGAAUCCUUGCCUAGGACCCAGGUGGUGAAGCAGCUCUGGGUUUACAUCCGUGCUCACAACUUACAAGAUCCCGAGAACAAGAGGAACAUCAUUUGCGAUGAUCCCUUGCGUGAGCUGUUUGGGACGGACCAAACUGACAUGUUCCAAAUGAAUAAGCUUUUAUCCAAGCACAUUUGGACUAUAACCGAAGAGGGGGCCGAAGAUUCGGAGCCCAAGACAAAGAGGCAGAAGAAGGAUUCCGGGAAAGGGAAAGCGUCGGGAUUCCUUGUCCCAUCUCCGAUCUCAGACGCCCUCCAAAAGUUUUUUGGUACUGGCGAAAGCGAGGUGACGAGGAGCGAGGUCGUAAAGCGGAUUUGGGACUACAUUAGGAGCAACCAACUUCAGGAUCCUACCGAUAAGAAGAAGAUCCUCUGUGACAAUAAACUACAGGAGCUUUUUGAAUGCGAUAGCUUCUUGGGGUUUACCAUGCCCAAGCUUCUGGCCUCGCACUUCGUGACAUCCUCCUGACUGACACAACCGGUCACAAUAAGGUAAAGGACAUAUACACUAUACUUCCUUGCUCGCGAAGCUACAAAACACUCACACAGCAGACAGGAACUCAUAGGUACGUGAAUCGUGAUCUUCCUCACGACAUAGUAUAUUUAUAAUUGCAGAUAGACAGACUUCUGUUACUACUACUGAAGCUUUGUGCUGCUGCUGGUGGCUAUUGCUUCUAAGAGAAGCAUUUCAGCUCACAGGGGCAGUAGAACACUGACUGUAAUUUCUAUUAACUUUUGUAUUCAUUCUUGGAAA